AUGGACACUCUCAAGCAUACCAUAUAUGCCUGCAUCAUAUUGCACAACAUGAUUGUGGAAGACGAACGACAUACAUAUGGAGGUAAUUUUGAUUACUCUUAUGAUAAUGUGGAUAUCAAUAACUCAACAACUGAAACAUCUAGCGGUCCUCAUCUGAAUCUUGCAACAAGACUACAAAGAAGAGCAAGUAUUCAAGAAAAACAAGUUCAUCGUAAACUUCAAGGAGAUCUAGUCGAAUAUAUUUGGGAACGUUUUGGACAUGAAGAUGAUGAAAUUUAA